GGGAGGGCGGUCCCGGCUGCACCGCCCCGGCUGUGCUCGGCCUGGGCCCGGCGCGGGGCAGCUGGCGGGGGGGAGCGCCAUGGCGCUGGUGUCGGCGCUGAAGCAGAUGUCGUGGCUGUACUACCAGUACCUGCUGGUCACCGCGCUCUACAUGCUGGAGCCCUGGGAACGCACCGUCUUCAAUUCCAUGCUAGUUUCUAUUGUUGGAAUGGCACUGUACACAGGCUAUGUGUUCAUGCCUCAGCACAUCAUGGCAAUAUUGCACUACUUCGAAAUUGUGCAGUGAUGAAGAACGUAUCAUCAAGAAGUAACUGGGCUUUGAAAUCUGUUCUACAAAGAAGAAUGAACCUCUUAGUUUUAACAAGAUUUCUACCAAUGUCCAAAAGACACAAUUAUGACUCUGAAGACUAGAAAAUGAGUUAUGUAGAGCAGGGACAUGAGGUGUCCCCUAUGUUGUGUUCAUUCCUUUUAAUUUUACAAGAUACGCCCUUGUAUAGUAGUUUUGUCUACUUUAACGUUGUGAUUGUACUUUGAUAUCAGUAUUUUCUUAACUUUGUGACAGUUUCAAUAUUGCACUGUGAAAGCUUUUCUUAAUUGUAAUUUUGAGUAAAUCUUAAUUGCCUUCUAUUUUUAAUCCGAAAGUCAUCUUAUUAAAUGGGGCUUAAAGCUUUUGCUAUUGUAUGGUAUGUAUUUGCCUGGAUAUUUCUAUUAAUGCAUUUUGUAAGAAAAUACAUCUAGAUUCAUAUUAGAGACAUGGAUAUAUUCGUCUAAUGCUAUUUACAGAAGUUAGUUUGUAUGACUGAACUCAGGUGUACUGUUUGCUGUCCAAACUUUGUUCAACAGUAUAUUUGUGCAUAUCACCUAAAUUUGGAAUUGGCAAUUAUUUAAAUUUUCUGUAUUCUGCCUGUUGGAGGAGGUUGGGGGAGAUGAGGCACUGAAGCGGAGUGAAGACUGCAUUUGUUAUGUUUCAACUAACUGUAGUUCUGGGCUUUAUCUAAUGGGGGAAAACGGACUUUACUGGCAUAGGCCCACAUAAGGCUUUGGGAUAGCAUUUUAAAUCAACCCUGUUUUUCUAGCUACCGAUUCAAUUGUAAUUUUACAGGAUACUUUGUUAUGUUCCAAUGGUUAUGGUUUCUGCUAAUUUUCACUCAACAGUGUAACUAUGUCUAGGUUUUAAAGGGGUUUUCUAUUGCUGCUAGUAUUCCAAACAUGUUUUCGCUACAAACGACCAAAACAUAAGGGUUUCAAUGGACUUGAGUUACAACUACAGCAAUAAGUAGCUGAAUACUUGGCUGAAGUCCUGUCUUUUUUUUAAUAGGGAUUUUUUUCAGUUUUGUAUUCUGAAAUGUAAGAUGGUGACAACUUAACUUUCUUAAGUGGACAAUUUUUUGUUGUUGUUUAAAAAAAUAAAAGUUUAAAAGCAGAGUUUUGAUGCAAAA